AAGAACAAGAAGAAGCAACUUUGAUGUCGUGUUCGGAAACGCCGCAGAACGAGAGCAACACAAAUCACAGAAUCGGUAACACAAAAUCUGCAAAACCAGAUUCCAUCGCGUUUUGUGGUGUUUCUCGAUCGGAAUCGGAUUCGGUUUAGUGUGAACACACAGAUCUCAAAACAAUGGGCAUGAUGGAUAGUUUGGGUCUGAGCGGGCUCGCUGGUGGCGUGCAGCGGAUGGACAAGCGACAGUUUCUGUUCCAAAUGCUCAGCUUCGGAAUGAUCGUUUCGUCCGCACUGAUGAUCUGGAAGGGACUGAUGGUGGUCACUGGCAGCGAGUCGCCGAUUGUUGUCGUGCUGAGCGGCAGUAUGGAACCGGCUUUCCACCGUGGCGACCUGCUAUUCCUCACAAACCAAGAUGAACCGGUGCGCGUUGGAGAGAUUGUGGUAUUUAAAAUCGAAGGCCGUGACAUUCCGAUCGUUCACCGUGUGAUUAAGCUGCACGAAAAGAGCAACGGCACGGUAAAAUUCCUUACCAAAGGUGACAACAACUCCGUCGACGAUCGGGGUCUGUACGCUCCGGGGCAACUGUGGCUUACGAAGAAAGAUAUCGUGGGGCGAGCAAGAGGAUUCCUGCCGUACGUGGGGAUGAUCACGAUCUACAUGAACGAGUAUCCGAAGCUAAAAUACGGCAUCCUGGGACUGCUAGCGUUAUACGUGCUUGUGCAUAGAGAAUGAGACAACUAAGGCGGAACAUCUUACUUCCUUUUUUUUAUACAAUUGCGAUCCGUUCCACUUGCCGGGUGAUGUGGCAGGUCGAGGGAGAACGCGCUUGGCUCUCGAUGAAAUGCAUCAUGUUGUGUGUUAAAAUUGUUCCAGCUCGGGCGGACGCUUCCCACGAUACGAAUCUGAGCGGAGUUCCAAAUGGAAGAAAACCGGUGCAACUUAGUUUGGUAUCUCGCACGAAAAAAAAAGGAUAAAGAGGGUGGUAAAUAAAAUAAAUUAACGUAAAACACUUAA